UGAUCUUGGAGGUCACUGCAGUUAAUGUUCCCGUGUAGUUCGCUGCCAUGGAAGAAAGCGAAGAGGAAAGGCCGUUAUCAGAACAAGAAAGCGAGAAACAAUUAGACGAUGUUCUUUCCAAAUUUAAUUUUGGCUUCUUCCAUUUAAAAGUUUUACUACUAACAUGUGGUGCCUACUUUUCAGCAUGUUCAGAAAUGAUGUUGAUAGUGUUUCUAAGCAAACCGGUGAAACAACAGUGGAAUCUAGACGACAUGAUGUUCCCAAUACUUCCAUUCUGUUGUGGAAUUAUAGGCUUUAUCUCAAGCUUCGCGUUUGGAUCUCUGAGUGACAGAUUUGGAAGACAGAAACCCCUUCUUAUAGCACUUGCCAUUGUCUCAAUUUUCGGCAUCGUGUCAGCUUUUGCUCCCUCUUUUUGGACCUUUGUUGUAUUACGAGCUUUAGUCGCGUGUGGAACAUCUGGGAUAGAAACUGUGAACUUUGUUUUACUUCUUGAAUGUCUACCUCAGAAGAAGCGCGGCUGUAUCAUGGUAGUAAUCACGCUGUGUGGGGCGCUGGGAGCCGUCCUCACCGCCUCCCUUGCCUGGGCGAUCCUUCCGCGUCUCAACUGGCGCUGGUUUGUGGGCGCAUGCGCGGCUCCCGCUUGCUGCGUGACGAUAUAUGGCCUUAUUUUCCGCCCUGAAUCGCCGAGGUUCCUGUAUGUGAGCGGCCGACGGGAAGAGGGUUUGGCGGUUUUAAAGAAAAUUGCAGAGCAAAGUAAAAACGACAUGCCGACUGAAAAUAUCGUGUGUCCGCCGACGAAGGACAGAGGCCGGAUCCAGGACCUAUUUUCGCGUGACCUGCGCGGACGGACGCUGGUCGCUUCCGGCGUGUGGUUCCUCCAGUCCAUGGGGUACUGGAGCGUCACCAUGUACCUCCCAGAGUACAUGGGGUCCAUAGGCAUAGAUCCAUAUCUCAAUACAUUUUCUGUCUUCAUCGGUGAAAUCCCCGGACUUCUGCUCGCGAUGGUUUUAAUCGAACCGACCAAACUUGGUAGAAUCAAGUGUCUGCGCUUCUUUUCAUUUUUCUCUGCCGUUUGUUUAGUCCUAUUUGCCUUUAUCAAUGUCAAAAUCGUUCGCGCAGUGUGUGUCGUACUAGUGUUCUUUUUUAUGGUUCCAAUUUAUUCAAUUUUAAAUACGUUUACACCGGAAGUUUAUCCAACCGAAAGUCGGGGCGUCGCUAUGGCCUGGAUGUACAUGAUGAUAGCGUUUCCGGGGCUUAUCACAGCGUUUAUUGGAGCGUCCGUACUUUCAACCAAUAUCACGUGGUUAUAUCCGACUGUGGCCGCCAUAUUUUUCUCCCUUCAGCUACUGUUAACGCUCGGAUUAAAACAGGAACCUGCUGGUCGUGGGCUUAGCGACAGUAAGGCCCCGCAGCGCGCAUGCUCAAACGACGUAAACCAUCAUGACGUCGAGGAGGAUUUGACAUCACUGACAGACGAUAGAAAAACGCUACAUGUAUGUAACGGUUUAAAUGUGCCAAAUGGUACGGAAACAGCCUAAGGUCACAUACAUAGUUGACCUUAUUAGUCCCCUGCCGGUUUCACCCGAGGGAACUUUAAGUUUAACCUCUGUCCGUCCGUCCAUCUGGAAAAAAAACUGGACGCUGCAAUUACAAGAAGUAUGCAAGCUAGGUUUAAAAAAUAAUCGCUUUUUGGAAAGUGGGCAUCAUGCACGUCAUUUUAUUUUAUUUCGUAGGUCAAACAUUUUUGUUGCUGGGCCUUAUAUAAAUAUCAGUGUUUUUCCCACGCCUACGUAAAAAAUCGAAUCUGACAAUACAUUUAUUGUUGCUUUAUACUGGCCUAUUUCAACAAGUUAAAAUAGAACAGUUUGUGGAUUGGGGCUCAUUUGGGUAUAUGUACUUUUUGAUAUAUUCUUGUCAGAUAUAAACAUGUGGAUGCUAUGAAAACAUAAAUGUUGCGAAUGUCUUAACUCCGAGCAUAAUGGAUCCUGUUAACUUAAUAAGUAUGUAACGAUAGGUUAAUGAAACUUCAUGUACAAGUAGUUAGUUGCCAAUAAGGAGAUUUUCCACACCAUUGUUGUUAGUUUAUAUUGUAUUACUAGCGAUACUUGAUAUUUAUUUAACCAUUACAUCUCUAUUAGAAAAUGUCACAUGCUAAUGUAGAUGCCCGUGAUCUUUGUAAUGUCACACUAACCUUGACCUUCCUCGCGAAGAAACAACUGAUUAAAUUGAGAAUGCCAUAAGCGACAUCAAUGUCUACUGAUACAGGGUAAUUUUACAAAAGGAGAUUAAAAUAUUGGCACCUCAAUGUACACUCAUUUUUUAUGUCGUCUGCUUAGCAUUGCAGACAUUUCUGUAAUGAUCAUUUUGUCCCACGGCGGUAUGCUUGGCAUCACAAUUUCAUGUGCGUUGAGGUUUGGCGCGGAUAGGAUAAGUCCUCGGGUUUGGGUUGCUAUGGAUAAGUUCUUCUGACGACGGCAAAAAUUUGGAAACAAAGAAAACUGCAGGAUGUGAAUAAUAACAGCAUACUACGUUUAACUGCGACUGCCAGCUUGCUAAGCGCGUGGACGGGUCUGCGGUCCGAAAGCCCGAUUUCAUUAUUCAUUCAGGAGUUAUUUUUCUUUAAUUUUCAAAACAAAUUCAAAAUGUUUAGUCUUUAAUUUGAGUAUUUGUUAUCUGUUCUUUACCUAUCGUGGAAGUAACGCUAAUUAGCUUAAAGUGACACUCUUAUUCAAAAUAAAUACAUACACAUGUGUAACAAACAUAAAUUCUGAGUGAUCAUAGUAAACCUUUAACUACUUACUAGAUAAUGCAUUUAUGGAAAAUAUUAAUUACUGAUAACAAGAUUGUAUUUAAUAGCUAAAAACGCAAAAUAUUAAAUGAUUGGUGAGUGCUAAAAUAUUUACUAUGAUCUACUAUCGUCUCAUAAGGUAGAAUGUUUUCUGUACCUUUCUUUCAAAUUAAACACGGUAUCCUUCAAAAGAACCACUGUUUUUGACAUUUAUUCAUCCUUUUUGAUAUAUCAAAACAAUUGUAUCAAUUGUGGUAAAUCUUAUUUAUCUAUACAGUUGAACCCCGUUGGCUCGAACUCGCUUGGCUCGAAUUCAUCCUUGGCUCGAAUUUGUUGUAAAGGACCGAUUUCAUUAUACUGAAUGUAAGCAUUCCCGCUUGGCGCGAAUUGUCCGAGGCUCGAUGUAUUUUCGUCGAUCCCUAGGAGUUAGAGCCAUCGGCGUUCGACUGUAAUCAGAAAUUGUUUUAGCAGUUUCCAUUUAAAGAGUACCAUCCAAGCAGGCGUCAUUUUCAAUGUGCGGUAUUGUAGUUAUAUACAAGAUCCUCAAAAUAUCA